UUGAUUUCAGGUGUGUCAAACGACCCAAACAGAUCCCAUUUGUUCUCAUUCUGGAUGGUUCCUUUUGGCCUAAGGAUCUUCCCUAAUGGAGAAACCUUUUCCGUUCACCACCGCAAUGUCACCGCUUUCUCUCCACGUAGUCCUGCUGGUGUUUAAAUGGCUGCCGGUCGCGUGCUACAGCUACCAAUCAAAGUCCCUUUUCAUGACCUUCUCCGAGCUGGCCGCCCUUGAAAAAAAGUCUCAGGACGGCGUUUGGGUGAAGUGCCUUCAGGACAGUAUGGAGGUGACGGUGGUGGAGGAGAAGGCGGACGCUUUUGGUCUGGGGUUCCCCGUUGACCCUAAACGCCUGAACCUUGGCCCUGUGGUCCAAUCACAGAGCCGUUGCCAGGCAGAGGCCAGUGGAAAGGGGGCUUACACCUUCCGAGCCCAGCAUGGAGAGUGUGGCACGAAACUAAUGAUAUCAGAUGACAACAUUGUCUUCAGCAACCUGCUGGUCUACUCUCCUCCUCCCGCUGAAGCUGGACAGCUCCCUCCAACUCCCUCCCUGGCUGUUCCAGUACACUGUAUUUAUAAACGGAGGUAUGGGGUAAGUAGCGGUCCUCUAAAACACUCCCGGGCCCCAGUGGUUCCCCGCUUCUGGCCUUCCACCUCCAAAUCCGGCUCAGUCUGAUUAUUGAUGUAUUAGAAAAAGACGAUUUUUGGGAAAAAGAUCACAAAAAGGAGGGGGCUACCUUUUUUACCCCAUGCCAUGAGACAUUUGUGGAAAUCCUCUCUUGCGUCAACAAAAGAUGGAUAGUUGGAGGUCAGCAGACGGGGACGCCUCGGUCUGUUGGAACUGGGGGACGGAUGAGACAUUUCUCUCACGAAGUACCAAGACCCGCCACCAGAGGGCAGUAAUGGACCAAACAAGACCGGCCACCAGAGGGCAGUAAUGCACCAAACAAGACCCGCCACCAGAGGGCAGUAAUGCACCAAAAAGGACCCGCCACCAGAGGGCAGUAAUGCACCAAAUAAGACCCGCCUUCAGAGUGCAGUAAUGCACCAAAUAAGACCCGCCGCCAGAGGGCAGUAAUGCACCAAACAAAGGCUACGGCGAAACGGUAUUAAAGAUUGAUUUCCACAUGUGUUACAGAAACUGCUCCAUUAAAGAGGAUGAAUGAAUUUUAAUAUUUAUUUCUUCCAGUUUAGCAUUCAACUGUGGAUCUGUAUAUCUUUUUCUCAGUUUAUUUCCAGAGUGGCAUAAGGAGACCAGCUUGGGCCCAUUUAUGUUCUCUCAUGGACGAUUGGCAACCAUGGAAAAUGAAAUAAAUCCAAACGUUUUUUUUCCAGUAGGCCAAUUGACUGCUGCUUAUUUAAAUAAAUAACAAUAUAUUCUCUAUUUUUAGGCCGCUAAAAUAUGUCCCUUGAAUAAACGUCAUAAAUGUUUCAGGUUAAAAUAGCCGACCUAUUUUUUUUUUGUCAAUAUAAGCCUAAUCUGGUUCAUAUUUUAAACAGAA